AUGGCCGAGGACGCUCCCAAGACAAAAUCCGGCCGUACCCCCGAGCAGCAGGCUGCCCGUGACGCCCGCAAGGCCGCCAAGAAGGCCGCCGAGGCUGAGAAGGCUGCUGCCGCCGAGGCGACCGGCGAGACCGAGACCGAGGGCGCUUCCUCCUCGCGCAAGCGCGCCGCCGAGGACGACGCCGAGGCCGGCGACCUCCUCGAGAUCGACAUGGGUGCCAACGCCCCCCUGUCCAAGGCCGAGCUUCGUGCCGCCCGCAAGCGUGCCAAGCGUGGCGACGAGCCCCUCCCGCCCAAGCAGACCGACAACGGCGAGACCAAGAAGAGCAAGGCAACGGAAGGUGCCGAGGCCAAGGAGAAGGUGCAGCCCAAGGGCGAGUUCUCCGUCUGGGUUGGUAACAUGUCCUUCCGCACGACCGAGGACAGCCUCAAGCAGUUUAUGGAGCGUGGUAUUGUCGACAGUGGAGGUCCCGCCGGCGCCAUCACGCGUGUGUACCUGCCCAAGAAGGCCGGCCGCGGUGGUUUCUCGGAGAACAAGGGAUUCGCCUAUGUCGACUUCCAGACCGACGCUGUCCGCCUCCUGGCUCUUGGCCUGAGCGAGCGUCCCCUCGAGGGCCGUCGUCUGCUCAUCAAGGCCGGUGACGACCACAAGGCCAACCCCGAAGCUCGUACCCCCAAGCCCCUCCCCUCGGGCCCUGGUACCGUUCCCGGUGUGCUUGCCAAGCAGAAGCACGGCGAGUCCUCGACGCUGUUCAUCGGUAACCUCCCCUUCGACUGUACCGAGGAGGAGCUGCGUGACCUGGUCGAGACCAACACCCAGGAGGUGUUCGUUCCCCCCAAGGAGGACGACGAGGAUGACGAGGGCGAGGGCAAGGACGGCGAGGGCGAGGACGGAGAGGAGAAGCCUGCCCAGGCUACUAGCUCGCGUGCGGGCAUCAAGUCUGGUCUGCUCAAGACUCGUGUUGGCCAGUUUGAGGACACUGGACGCUGCAAGGGUUUCGCUUUCUGGGACUUCAAGGACCCCGCACAUGCCAAGGCUGCGCUCCUGAACCGCAAGAACCACUACCUGCGCGGUCGCCGCCUCGUGCUGCAGUUCGCCUCCGAGUCGGCCACCAAGCGUGCUGGCGGCCGCAAGGGUGACGGCGACAAGCCCCGUGGACCUGGUGGACCUGGUGGAGCCCGCGGUGCUCCCCGUCCCAGGCCGGCUCGCUACUUUGAGUCUGCCGGCGGUGAGGAUGGCGAGGGCGAGGGCCACGGCCAAGCUCACGGCGGUGACGACGAGGGCGGCUACGAGGCGCACUCGCGUGGUCCCACGGGCCCGACCGACUACAAGUCUGAGGCUGCUGCUGCGGCGCGUAUUGCCGCGAUGGUGUCUGGCGGCGGUGGCGGUGGCGACGACUCGCGCGGCGGCUACGGUGGCAAGCCUGAAAAGGUGGACAAGCGCGGCAAGAAGUGGGAGUCGACUGGCCGACCCAGGCCUGGAGCUGCGCUUGCGAUGGCGCAGCGCGAGAAGGUGGGCAUUGUGGAGAGUGCGGGAACCAAGGUUACGUUCGAUUAG